AUGAAGCAGCACGACGAACUACAAGGCGAAGAUGGCGUUGGCCCAAGCCCAGCAGCUUUCCGUGCACCUGUCGGUGGUGGAUCAGACGCACGCCCUCUCACCCUGCCGCCGAAUUGCAGCCUUGAAAAGUUUCAGGACUACAUAAGACGCAUUGAAGUGAUCGUCGGCCCGGAGAACGCCACGGUCAUCUCAAGCGAUGAUGAACUACAGAAAGACCAUUACCUGGACCCAAGCAAAGCUCACGAUAUGUUCUUUGUGGCUGAGAAGACCUUCUUCGUCAGUUCCGCCGUCGUGGCUCCACGCAAUGUGGGCGAAGUCCAGGCCAUAGUACGACUCUGCAACGAGUUCGAGAUCCCAAUCUGGCCGUUCAGCAUUGGUCGAAAUGUCGGCUAUGGGGGUUCAGCUCCUCGAGUCCCUGGAUCUAUCGGACUGGACAUGGGCAGGAACAUGCGUAAGAUCCUUGAGGUGAACGAGGAUGGGGCUUUCGCUGUUGUUGAACCUGGUGUUACGUUCAUGGAUCUUCAUAAUUAUUUGGUUGAGCAUAACUUGAGAGACAAGAUGUGGAUCGAUACGCCUGAUCUCGGCGGAGGCUCUGUUGUUGGCAAUACGAUUGAACGUGGCGUUGGCUACACUCCCUACGGAGUGAUCCUACCAGACGGCACACUCUGGCGAAGCGGCAUGGGCGGCCUUCCCAACCCCAAGGCCGACAAGAACGCAGCACCGCAAGAUCAAGCAUGGAACGAGACUUUUGGCCUUUUCAACUACGGUUUCGGGCCUUACAACGACGGCAUCUUCACUCAGUCGUCGCUGGGAAUCGUUGUCAAGAUGGGCAUCUGGCUCAUGGUGAAUCCGGGCGGGUACCAAUCAUACAUGGUGACGUUUCCGAGGGAUGAAGACCUCCAUCAAGCUGUCGAGAUUAUUCGGCCACUGCGAGUAGGGAUGGUGCUACAGAACGUUCCGACUAUCAGACAUGUGUUGCUCGAUGCGGCUGUCAUGGGCAACCGCUCAAAAUACACCAACUCAGACAAACCCCUAACCGACGAAGAAAUCGACGCCAUCGCCAAGAAACUCAACCUAGGCAGAUGGAACUUCUACGGCGCCGUCUAUGGACCGGAACCCGUUCGCGAGGUCAUGUUGAGCGUUAUCAAGAACUCCUUCCUCCAGAUCCCUGGCGCCAAGUUCUAUCAUCCCGAAGACAUGCCCGACAAUGAAGUCCUCCAGAUUCGAGACAAGACGCUUCAGGGGAUCCCCACGACUGAUGAGCUGAAAUGGGUGGAUUGGUUGCCGAACGGAGCACACCUCUUCUUCAGCCCCAUCGCCAAAGUCUCUGGCGACGACGCCAAAGCCCAAUACGAAGUAACUCGCAAACGCUGCGAAGAAGCCAACUUCGACUUCAUAGGGACCUUCGUCGUCGGCAUGCGCGAAAUGCACCACAUCGUCUGCAUCGUCUUCAAUCGCAAAGACCCCGAACAUCGUCGCAGAGCACAUUGGCUCAUCACAACUCUCAUUCAAGAUGCCGCGGAGCGCGGGUGGGGCGAGUACCGCACGCAUCUGGCGGUGAUGGAUCAGAUUGCUAAGACGUAUUCGUUCAAUGAUCACGCGCAGAUGAAGUUGAAUGAGAAGAUUAAGGAGGCGCUGGAUCCGAAGGGGAUUUUGGCGCCGGGGAAGAAUGGGGUGUGGCCGAAGCAUUAUAAUCCUGAGCAGUGGAGGGUGCCGAUUUGA